GCAGCAGGGAGAAGGGGCCACGGAAGCGGAAGGGCCCCAGCCCAGUGGGGCAAGAUGAAACACAGAGUCAGACGAGUGAGGUGACAGUAGAGAGUUUGCACAGCGUCCGCACAGAUUUCAGCCCUGAUGCCCUGCAGAAGGCUGUAAGGUUCAAUGCAGACUGCUCACUGCUUGUCACUGGUGGUGCUGAUGGCUUACAGGCAUUCCCCAGCAUGAAGAAGACACUGGAGUUCAAAGCCCAUGAUGGGGAGAUCGAAGAUAUUGCACUGGGCCCUGACAACAAGGUGGUGACGGCAGGACGGGACUUCCAGUGCUGCGUAUGGCAGCAGGACCAGCUGGUGACGGGGUUACGCUGGAACGAGAACCUGCCCAGCAUCCCUGACAAGGCUUACCGUUACCAGGCCUGCCGGUUUGGGGCGGUGGAGGACAACGCUGGGGCACUGCGGCUCUACACGGUUCAGGUGCCUCACAAGCGGGAGCGCCGCCCCCCUCCCUGCUACCUGACCAAGUGGGACGGGAAGAGCUUCCUGCCGCUGCUGACCCGGCCAUGCGGCGCUGAGGUCAUCUCCUGCAUCUCCAUAAGUGACUCGGGUACCUUCCUGGGACUAGGCACAGUGACGGGCUCUGUUGCCAUCCACAUUGCCUUCUCGCUGAGGCUGUACUAUGUGAAGGAGGCCCAUGGCAUUGUGGUGACAGACAUGGCUUUUGUCCCUGAGAGCCAACACGGACGGGAGCUGCUGGCAGGGAACGAGGCUGCCCUGCUCAGC